ACCUCCUAUCCGGAUCUCCCUCAUGGUCUCUUAGAUCCAUUUCUAGACCUUCCGGUUCACCCAUUUCACUCGCUUCCACUCCCGGGGUACGUUUCACUCCAGGCGCCAUUUCUCAAGGCCAUAGACGUACGUACACUGCCGCCUCAUCGAGUAGAGCGCCGAGGCUCCGAUUGCCAUGCUUGCAGAUAUCGAGCAUUGUCUCUACGCGUCGUCUUCUCGAUAAAACCCGUGCAACCUGAGCAAACUGUGGACGCCCAUCUCUGGUCGCAUGUGGAAUCUCAAGUGGAUUUCUGGUACAUUUUGGCCAUAAUGUCGAAUUUCUGUGACGGUUUGCUUAUCCAUCCGCCUAGCUCCCCGACUGCCAGGCCCCAAAGUUGUACUGGUUUCUCCGAACACACUUCACUCACUGGGAGCAUCUUUGCAUGA